AUGGGGCAUGGGGCAUGGGGCUUGGGUGGGGGCGAGGGCGAGGGCGAGGGCGGGGGCGGGGGCAGGGGCGAGGGCGGGGGCGGGGGCGGGGGCGAGGGCGGGGGCGGGGGCGGGGGCGAGGCCGGGGGCGAGGCCGGGGGCGAGGCCGGGGGCGAGGCCGGGGGCGAGGCCGGGGGCGAGGCCGGGGGCGAGGCCGGGGGCGAGGCCGGGGGCGAGGCCGGGGGCGAGGCCGGGGGCGAGGCCGGGGGCGAGGCCGGGGGCGAGGCCGGGGGCGAGGCCGGGGGCGAGGGCGGGGGCGGGGGCGAGGGUAGCCAGGUAGGGCUGUAA